CCAAAUGUCACAACUCAAGUAACUACAUUUGACAAAUUAUUUGGCACCAAUGAAGACUAUCCACCUCCCUGCCAAGCAAUGUUACUCUUGGUUCUUACUUGGCCUACUUUCUGUCAUUGCUUCCCUUGCUUCAGCUACAGAGAAUCACUACCAUGAGUUUGUUAUUCAAACUGCGCCAGUGAAGAGGCUGUGCAGAACCCACAAUGUACUCACUGUGAAUGGGCAGUUUCCUGGCCCAACUGUGGAAGCAAGAGAUGGAGAUUCUAUUGCAAUCAAAGUAGUAAAUGCUGGACCAUAUAACAUCUCCAUCCAUUGGCAUGGGUUAAGGAUGUUGAGAAAUCCAUGGGCAGAUGGUCCUAGUUAUGUGACUCAGUGUCCCAUUCAACCAGGGGGGAGUUACACAUACCGUUUUACAAUCCAAAAUCAAGAGGGGACACUAUGGUGGCAUGCUCACACUGCUUUCCUAAGAGCCACCGUCUAUGGAGCUUUCAUCAUAUAUCCAAAAUUGGGUUCUCCUUAUCCAUUCUCCAUGCCUAAGAAAGAAUUUCCCCUCCUUCUUGGGGAAUGGUUUGACAGGGAUCCGAUGGCUCUCUUAAGGCAGGCACAAUUCACAGGAGCACCUCCAAAUGUAUCUGUUGCAUACACAAUUAAUGGUCAACCAGGAGAUCUCUACAGAUGUUCAAGUCAAGAAACUGUACGUGUACCAGUAGAUGCUGGUGAGACAAUUCUCUUGAGAAUCAUCAACAGUGCACUCAAUCAAGAACUGUUCUUCGCAAUUGCCAACCACAGGAUGACUGUGGUUGCUACUGAUGCUGCUUACACCAAGCCUUUCACCACCAAUGUCCUGAUGAUAGGUCCUGGCCAGACAAUCAAUGUCCUUGUCACUGCCGAUCAAACACCUGGAAGAUACUACAUGGCUGCACGUGCAUAUCAAACAGCCAUGAAUGCUGCAUUUGACAACACCACCACCACUGCAAUCCUCGAAUACAAAUCUGCUAGCUGCGGCAAAGGAAACGGACAGGUUCCAAGACCAAUACUGCCAGUUUUACCAGCUUUCAAUGACACAGCCACUGCAACUGCAUACACAGCAGGGAUCAGAGGCCUUUCCAAGAUCAAUGUCUUUACAAGAGUUGAUGUUAGCCUAUAUUUCGUUGUUGGGUUGGGGUUAAUCAACUGCACAAAUCCUAAUAGUCCAAGGUGCCAAGGACCAAAUGGAACUCGCUUCACAGCAAGCAUAAACAACAAUUCCUUUGUUCUUCCAACCACCACAUCCCUUAUGCAAGCCUACUAUCAAGGAAUUCCUGGUGUUUUCACCACAGACUUUCCUCCAGUUCCUCCUCUGCAAUUCAACUACACCGGCAAUGUACCGCGGGGGCUAUGGACCCCUGCAAGAGGAACUAAGCUCUUCAAGGUGAAGUAUGGUUCACAUCUGCAAAUUGUUCUGCAGGACACAAGCAUAGUAACAACAGAGGACCAUCCUAUGCAUGUUCAUGGAUUCCACUUCUUUGUAGUUGGUUCAGGCUUUGGCAACUUCAACCCAGCAACAGAUCCUGCAAGGUUUAACCUCGUAGACCCACCUGUGAGGAACACCAUUGGAACACCACCAGGAGGAUGGGUGGCCAUUCGUUUUGUGGCUGAUAAUCCAGGAAUUUGGUUCUUGCAUUGUCACAUAGACUCACAUCUGAAUUGGGGUCUGGCAACUGCACUUUUGGUAGAAAAUGGAGUUGGUCCAUCGCAGUCAGUGAUUCCUCCACCACCAGACCUUCCUCAGUGUUAGAUCAAGAAAACAUCAUUAGUGACAAUUUUUAUGUUCUUCAAUUAAUGCAUUGUUGUUUCAUCAUGUCUCUUUAGACAGUAUUUGUUCUGUGGUGUUUCAAGGCCCAGAAUUGGACCAUGCUGAAUUGAGCAGCUAUGUUUGUGUUUUUCUUCA